AUGGCAAGCGUACGAACCCUCAGAUCGUUGGCGCGUCCAGUCGUUGCCCGUCAAUGGCGUCCAGCUGUAACUCUCCCCGCUAUCCAGUCACGAUUGCAUUCAUCCAAGCACCCCAAGGGCUUCGAGGCCCCUUCAAAUGAAGAGCUUGAUGAGUUGAGAGAGCGAGUGCAAGAAUUCACGCGCCGCGAAAUCACAGAGGAGGUGGCGGCAAAGACAGACAAGACAAAUGCCUUCCCAGCAGAGAUGUGGCAAAAACUGGGUGAAGCUGGUUUCCUCGGUAUCACAGCAGAUGAGGACGUAGGAGGUCUCGCUAUGGGCUACCAGGCGCAUAUUAUCGUCAUGGAGGAGCUAUCACGAGCUUCUGGAUCCAUUGGUCUCAGCUAUGCGGCACACUCACAGUUGUGCGUCAACCAGCUACAGCUCAACGGUUCACCCGAGCAGAAGCAGAAGUAUCUACCAGGUCUCAUUGCAGGCACAAGUGUCGGCGCGCUGGCCAUGUCUGAGUCCGGCGCGGGAAGCGACGUUGUCAGCAUGCGAACAACAGCAAAGGCUGUGGAUGGUGGAUAUGUCCUGAACGGAUCCAAGAUGUGGAUCACCAACGGACCUGACGCCGACUUUAUCGUGGUCUACGCAAAGACAGAACCAGAGAAGAACUCAAAGGGGAUCACCGCCUUUAUCGUGGACACGAAAACCGAGGGUUUCAGCUGUGCCCGCAAGCUCGAUAAGAUGGGCAUGCGUGGUAGCAACACCGGCGAGCUCAUGUUCGAUGGCGUCUUUGUUCCUACAGAGAACAUCCUCGGCAAGGUCAACGGAGGUGUGCGAGUGCUGAUGGAGGGUCUUGAUCUGGAGCGACUGGUAUUGAGUGCUGGACCUCUGGGCAUCAUGCAAGCCGCGCUCGACGUUACCCUGCCCUUCACACACCAGCGCAAGCAGUUUGGCCAACCCAUUGCGCACAACCAGCUCCUUCAGGGCAAGCUGGCAGACAUGUACACCAAGCUUCAGGCUUCCCGUUGCUACACCUACGCAACAGCUAAGGCGGUCGACGAGAACGGCUUGAUCCGCACUCAGGACUGCGCGGGAGCUAUCUUGUAUGCCGCAGAGCGAGCGACCGAGUGCACACUUGACUGCAUUCAACUUCUGGGUGGAAUGGGAUAUGUUGAGGAGAUGCCUGCAUCAAGAUUACUUCGAGAUGCUAAGCUAUAUGAGAUUGGAGCCGGUACUUCCGAGAUCAGACGUAUGGUUAUUGGAAGAGCCUUUAACAAGGAGUACGCGCAAGCAUGA